UGGCGUAAAGAUACCCCGCCCCUUGUAGUGACGUCAAGUCAUGCCCGUGGCCGGUCGAUGAAAAAAAAUCGCCAGUCGUCUCCCGUACUUCUGUCACGUGAUUAAUAAUAACAACAAAAACCGUGAGGUGAUUGCUGAGGAAACUAGAACAGAAAAAGGAGGGAGAGGAAGAGAUCAUUUCAGCAGACAGUAAGAAAAGUUUGAAAUCUCUUGGUCAAUCUCUACAUGACUCCUGUUCUUGGGACUGAGGGCAGUAGAGAUUUCCUUACUGACCUAGUCAUCCUCACUGAAAAGGAUAAGACCUGGAAUGGAUGGGAAUAGGUUCCCUUAUGAUACCACUGCCAGGAGGUUGUCUAUUUUGAAACAAACUCCAGCCUCCUCCAGUCUUUGAGCAAAGAAUGGCGACUGAUGGCCCACCAGAAAAUGUGGUUCAGGACCAAGUCAGGUCACUGCUGGAGAACGAAAAGGUCAAACUUUGGGAGCCUCCUUACACAGCUGAAAAUAAAGAUGCUUCACCAGAGCUGAAAAUUCUAGGUGAGAAAUAUGCAUUACAGUUGUGCAUUGAUUUGAGUAUGGUGGAAAAUGUUCUUGAAAAUUUGAGAUGUAAUUCACUGCAAGGCAUAAAUGCAAAAAAGACAUUCGAGGACACUGGACUUGCAACAAUCCGUAUCCAUUACACCAGUCAUACAAAAAGAAAAGAGAAAACUAAGUUGACAACGAAACUAAACAUAUCAGCCAAAGAUCUGAGAGCUGAAAUUGCGAAAUUGACCGGAAUGAAUGAACAACAUGUUAAACUCAUAAUGAACUCCAAAGUUCUUAAAAUGGAUCGAUCGCUUGCUGAACAGAAUGUAAGAAAUAAUUCAAUAAUUAUGGUUAUGCAAAUAACUCUGACUGAAGAAGAAGCAAAAGAACAGGAGACAAUUUAUCAAGCGGAGAUGAAAGAAUGGGAUGAGAGGAAAGCCAAAAUAUCUAGGACCAGAAAAGGUGCUGAAAUCUUAGCUCAGCAUGGUGAAAAUACAGAUCUUAGUAACAUUCCAUACUUAGAGAUUGCAGAUCAGAAAGGGCGCCCAAUCCCCAUUCCUGCUGUAGAGAAAAAGGCACUAUUGUUAGCUAUGACGCUACAUGAAAAAGGCAGAGCAUUUAUGAAGAAGAAAGAUUAUGCUUCAGCGCUGUUGUAUUUGUUGGAUUCUGAUGAAGAAUUUGGGUAA